AUGUCAUACCCAAUAGGAUAUGCUGCCAACCCACACGGAAAUAAGCUUAUCUACAAUGAACUGGCUUAUGACAAGGACAUUUUGGCUGCUGAAUUUAACAAAUGCUAUCAUUCAUUAACAGACAUAGACGAUGCUAAACUUGGAGAACCUAACGAUGGUUAUGACGAAAUCACCAUCCCAGAUGAGUUUCUUAUCAAGGACUUUCAAGAUCCUAUCCAGGCAAUUGUUGAAGCAACAUAUCCAGACUUAUUACAGAACUAUAGCAAUGGAAAUUUCUUGCAAAAAAGAGUUGUUCUAGCCUCUACGAAAGAUGUUAUUGACAAAAUAAAUGACUAUGUCCUAUCUUUGAUUCCUAGUGAGGAGAAAGAGUAUUGUAGUGCUGAUAGUGUUGAUAAAUCUUAUGAACUACUCAGUCCUGCUUUCGGAGUACUAACACCUGAAUUUCUAAACUCAUUGAAAACAUCAGGAAUACCUAAUCACAAGCUCAAAAUCAAGGUUGGUACUCCCAUCAUACUACUACGAAAUUUGGACCAAGCUGAUGGGUUAUGCAAUGGAACUAGACUUAUUGUUACAAGGCUUGGUUCAAAUGUGGUUGAAGCAGAGAUUAUUACUGGACCCAAUAUAUGUCAUAGGACAUACAUACCAAGAAUGAAUUUGUCUCCUUCUGAUUCUCCAUGA